UUAAAGAAUAAGCUUAUCUCAAAUAUAAAUGUAAUGAACUGAUGUUUGUGCUAUAAUAACAUUUUGAAAAUGUUUACAUCUUUGAAAAUUUUUUGUUUGUUUGAAAUUAUUUUAGCAAAACAGUGUAGUCUUCAACAAAGUGACACAAAUGAUGUUUAUUCGUUUCAUUAUUACGACACCAACGGCAACAGUUUUCCCACAUUAGGAAUUCCCAUGCCUGGCUUUCCAUAUGGGUACAGUUUCUCUCAAAUAUACGACCAGCAAACUAUAUCUCUUCGGGGUUUAUCUUGCAACAAAGGCAAGGGAAAAGUAAUCAGAAUCGGAUCUGCCAGUCAGAGGGAUGCUAGCAUUGAAGUGUGUUUUAACGACAAGGAAUUCAUCACUUACUGGACCAUUCACUACAUGAAGAAAUAUCCAAAAAUAAAAACAAAAAAUACAUUUAACAAAAAUCAUUUUGGUGGUGUUAACCCGGAUGGUUUAUAUCAAAAUUCUGGUUGGAGCAAAGGUCAAUUGACACCAACGGAAGAUUUUGAUACAGCCAUUGAAAAAAAAACGACUUAUUAUUACAUAAACACUGUUCCACAAGCACCUGAUUUUUAUCAACAAAAGUGGUCAAUUCUUGAAGAUGUUUUACGGAAGAAAGUCAACCAUUUAACCACAAAACUGUUUACUGGAAGUUUCGAAACGUCUGAUAAGUACAUGGGCAAGAUACCAGUCCCAAAAUAUAUUUUUAAAGUUGUUAUCAGUGAUAAUAUGAUUGGGGAAAAACCAAAAGCAGUUGCUUUCAUUGGAUUUAAUAGAAAAACACCAACAGGCAAUAAAGAUGAUGAUAAAGAAGAGUGUGAUGAUGAAGAUAAUAAUAAUGACAACGAAAAUGAAGGCGAAGAUAGCAAAGAGGAAAAUGAAAUUGAAGAAAAUGACGAAGAUAGCAAUAUAGAUAAUGAUGAAAAUGAUCAAACGGAAGAAAGAAAAGAAGAAGAAAGUGAAGAAGAAGAUGAGAACAAACAUGAAACUGAUAAUGACAUAAGCAACGAUGAUGACCAUGAUGAAGAUGAAAAAAAUGAAACCGAUGAAGAAAAUCAAAACAAUCAAGAAGAAGGCGAAGAUGAUGACAAUAAAGAAGACGAGAAAAACGAAGAAGAUAAGAACAACGAUAAUCAGAAUGAAGAAGAGCAAGAAAAUAAUCAAGAAGAGAAAGAUCAGGAAAAAAAUGACGCUGAUGACGACGUAAACAAAGAUGAUGACAAUGAAGAAAACGAGAAGGAUAAAAACGAUAAGGAUAGUGAAAAUCAGAAAGAAGAAGAACAAGAAAAUGAUACUGAUAGUGACAGAAUUGACGAUAAUGACAAUAAAGAAGACGAGAAGGACAGAGCUGAUGAAGAAAGCGAUGAUCAGAAUGAAGAAGAGCAAGAAAAUACUCAAGAAGAAGGAAAUCAGGAAAAAAAUGACGUUGAUGACGAAGUAAAUAAAGAUGAUGAUAGUGAAGAAGACGAGAGGGAUAUAAACGAUAAAGAUAGUGAUAAUCAGAAAAGAGAAGAACAAGAAAAUGAUCAAGAAAAAGACGAGGAUGAAAAUGAUACUGAUAGUGACAGAAUUGAGGAUAAUAACAAUAAAGAAGACGAGAACAACGGAGCUGAUGAAGAAAGCGAUGAUCAAAAUGAAGAAGAGAAAGAAAAUAAUCAAGAAGAGGAAAAUCAGGAAAAAAAUGACGCUGAUGACGGCGUAAACAAGGAUGAUGAUAAUGAAGAAGACGAGAGGGAUAUAAGCGAUAAGAAUAGUGAUAAUCAGAAAGGAGAAGAACAAGAAAAUGAUCAAGAAAAAGACGAGAAUAAAAAUGAUACUGAAAGUGACAGAAUUAAAGAUAAUGACAAUAAAGAAGAUAAGAUGAACAAAGAUGAUAAAGAAAGCGAUAAUCAGAAUGAAGAAGAGAAAGAAAAUAAUCAAGAAGAGGAAAAUCAGAACAGCAAUGAUACUGAUGGCGACAUAAACAAAGGUGAUGACGAUGAGAAGGAUGAAAACCAAAAGAAAAAUGCCAAUCAAAAAGAAGAAAAACAAAAAAACAAUAAAGAAUUAGAAAAAAAUGAAGAUAAAAAUGAUACUGCCAAUGACACAAACAAAAAUGAGGAAUAUAAAAAAAAAGAAAUUGAAGAAAACGGUAAAGAAAAUGAUAAUCAGAAAGGAGAAGAACAAGAAAAUAAUCAAGGAGAAAGAAAAGAGAAUAACCAAGAAGAGAGAAGAAAUAAUAAAGAAAGGAGAAUCAAACUCAGCGAGAAAAAAGAAACUGAUAACCUAGACAAUAAAAAAUUAAAAAGUGUGAACAAAAAUUUUAAGCAAAAGAAACAACAAGUAAUACCGAAAAAAUCAACGUUUUCCAUAAAAUUUGAAGAAAAUGCGAAAAACGAAGAUGAGGAAUUGGCAAUAUUUCUAAAUUUGUGCGAAAAUCAAUGUCAAUAUUUAAACUUAUUCAACCAAGAGCAAUUAGCAAGUAUAGGGGAUUCCAUUAUUUGCUGUAAAUUUGACGAAUUUUUAGAAAUCGCCACAACAAAACAAAUUUACUUGCCAAUAAUUAAUAAAAAUUAUGACUUGUUGACGUUUCCAUAUGAAUAAAUUGUAAUAAAAUGCU